CAGAAAAAGCCAGCAGCAUGACUAAGUCCUACAAGAUCCUCUAAGCAAGUAACAACCUUUAUGAUAUGCUUUCAAUAUUUGAGAAAUGGUAAACCAAAAUGAAUAUUAUGCAUUCUUGUUAUAACUGAAAAUCUGACUUCAGAACUCAGUAUAAAAAUAGAAAGACUGGUGCAUGGACAGUACAUGCAAAAUUGUUCUAGCUGCUUCUUCCUUUGAAUUCUUCAUGGCUAAAUCAUAUUUCUUGCACCAGUCACCACCAGCAAUUGCUGAAAUGCUGCUGCUUCUUAUCUCAGCAUUUUGCUUACUUAUGACAGAUGCCAGCAUUGGAGUUUGCUAUGGAACCCUCGGAGACAAUUUGCCAUCUCCACCACAAGUCAUUGCUCUGUGCAAUAAGUAUAACAUAAACAGAAUCCGACUCUACAAUCCAAACCAAGCAAUUCUCCAAGCCCUCAAGGGAAACCUCAGCAUUUCAGUCAUUGUAGGCAUUCCAAAUGAAGAACUUCCAGGAAUAGCAAGAAAUACCUCGACUGCAAAAUCAUGGGUCCGAAAUAAUAUACUCAAUUAUGCUAAUGUGAAUUUCAGGUACAUAGCAAUCGGAAAUGAAAUCAGUCCCAGUUCGAAUUUGGCACCAUAUGUAGUCCCCUCCAUGCAAAACAUUCACAGUGCCAUUUCCGCAGCCAGGCUUGGGAACAAAAUCAAAGUUUCCACAUCCUUAAGUAUGGAAGUUCUUGCACAAUCGUAUCCUCCAUCAACAGGGGAGUUCAAUUCUGAAAUUCUGUCCUCAUUUAUCACUCCCAUUGUUAACUUUCUUGCAAAAAAUCAGAGCCCAUUGCUUCUGAGCGUGUACCCAUAUUUUGCUUAUAGCAGUAACAUGAAGGACAUUAGCCUGGCUUACGCACUUUUUACAUCUCCUUCGACUGUGGUCAAAGAUGGGAAUUACGAAUACCAAAACCUGUUUGAUGCUAUGGUGGAUGCAACGAACGCAGCAUUGGAGAAGACUGGGGGGACUAAUGUAGAAAUUGUUGUUUCGGAAAGUGGAUGGCCUUCUGCUGGUGGAACAGCAACUACUCUUGAGAAUGCCCGGAUUUAUAACUCCAAUUUGAUUAAACAUGUUGAGAAAGGAACCCCAAGAAGGCCUGGAAAGCCUGUAGAAACUUACCUUUUUGACCUGAUUGAUGAGAAUCAGAAAAGCCCGGAACUUGAGAAGCAUUGGGGACUCUUUCUUCCUAAUCAACAACCUAAAUAUCCCAUGACAUUUGAUAAAAACACAAUGAAUGACUAGAUAAUUUCAUAAUAUAUCAUCCUUAGUAAUUAUUAACUAGGAAUUUGUAUAAUGGACUGUUUGCACACAUAACAAAGCUUUAUCAUUUAUACAUCAAGAAUUGGUAAA